AAGGCCGGAGAGGAAGCUUGAAGUUAACAUGGAGGCGGCUAGUUGCUCCGCCGGUGCCGUGGGCGACGGGGACAUGGGGUCCCGGCGGGACCUGAGCUCGGUGCCUGAGCGGCUCCAGAGACGCGAGCAAGAGCGGCAGCUGGAGGUGGGAAGGCGGAAGCAAAAGCGGCAGGACCAGGAGGUGGAAGGGGAGAAGAGCGACUUCUUCGCCGCCGCCUUCGCUCGGGAGCGAGCAGCCGUGGAAGAGCUUCUGGAGGGCGGUGAGUCGGUCGAGCGGCUGGAGGAGGCGGCCUCGCGGCUCCAGACGCUGCAGAAGCUUCUCAACGACUCGGUUUUGUUCUUAGCCGCCUACGACCUGCGGCAGGGGCAAGAAGCCAUGGCGCGGCUGCAGGCGGCCCUGGCCGAGCGGCGCCAGGAGCUGCAGCCCAAGAAGCGUUUUGCUUUCCGGACCCGGAGGAAGGAGGAUGGCGGUGCUGCGGCCGCCGCCGCCGCCGCCACCACGACAGACGCGGCCCCUGCAGCCCCGGCGGCGUCCGCGCGGCCGCUGGCGGAGGAGGGGCCAGGCCUCGGCUCCAGCUGGGUCUGCGGCUUCUCCCACCUGGAGUCGCAGGUCUUGGAGAAGAGAGCCGAGGAGCUGCACCAGCGCGACGUCGUUUUGACCGAGCUGAGCCACUGCACGGUCAGACUGUACGGCAAUCCCAACACGCUGCGGCUGACCAAGGCCCGCGGCUGCACGGUGCUCUGCGGCCCCGUGUCCACCUCGGUGUUCCUGGAGGACUGCAGCGACUGCCUGCUGGCCGUGGCCUGCCAGCAGCUGCGCGUCCACACCACGACGGACACCCGCGUCUUCCUGCAUGUGACCAGCAGGGCCAUCGUGGAGUACUGCCACGGGAUCCAGUUCGCCCCGUACACCUGGAGCUACGCGGGCAUCGACGCGGACUUCGAGAGUUCUGGGCUGGACCGGAACAGAAAUCACUGGAAUGACGUUGACGAUUUCAACUGGCUGGCCCGGGAUGUGGCCUCCCCAAACUGGAGUAUCCUUCCCGAAGGGGAGCGAAAAGUCCAGUGGGACUGAGCCGUCACCAAGCCUUUCCUCCGGCGCCCGCAGGGUUCAGCUGCCGCUGUGCAUCUGUUUGUAGUGUUUAAGGCUUGAGGCUGUGAUAGGCUCCGACUUGGCGAUCCCCAUUAAAUUCUUGACAGAGCCAACACUGAACAGCGUGUUUUCCUGUUUUGGCGCCAUCUGGGACCAUGGCAGAUCGAAGCACUGAGAGAGGAGAGAGUGGUUGGGUUGAUUUCAGUGAUCGGUGGUAUUUAAGCAACACAGUGCUUGAGGGAGUGGGCCUCCAGUGGAUGUUUGUUUCACGAAGGCGUCGGGGAGGGUUCUGGUGGGACCCGGUCUAUGCGGCCCUGUGGUAUCAGCACCACGCAGGAGUGUUUUGAAUGGGAGAUUUGACUUGGGGAUUUUCCAGCCGCGCGGUAUAGAGACUCCUGUCUAGUCUUGAGCUAUAUAUUAGCUUGGACAUCUGGAAUCCAGCUACUCAUUGACUUCUUUGCAUGGAGUACAAGAUUCUGAAUCUUACCAACAGUAAUGCCAAAGUAAUUGUUACAGCCACCAAGCAUUUUUUUAUACUUAAAAUAUAUACACUGUCCUGGAGGCUUUGUCCGUAUAACUUAGACCCCCAAAACCUUAAAAGGUGGUGCUGUCAAAACCAUGUUUUUCUUCUGUUUUUAAGAUUUACCUGAAAGGCAGAGCUAGAGAGAGAUCUUCCAUCUGCUGGUUCACUCCCCAGGUGGUUGCAAUGGCAGGGGCUGGGCCAGGCCAAAGCCAGGAGCCUGGCCCUCCAUGCGGGUGUCCCACUGGGCCAUCUUGCCCGCUGCUUUCCUCGGGGCACCUCAGCAGGGGGCUGGAUGGGAAGUGGGAGUAGCUGGGAUGCUGGCAGCUGUCGCAGGUGGUGGACCCAAGCACCAUUUUUCAAGUUAGGACACAGGUGAGUAACUUGCCCGAGGCUACACAGCUUAAGUGCUGGCUGUGAUAGGAAUGAAAAGAGCUUCCACCACAGGGAAGGCAAAUUGCUUUUCUUAAGUUCCGGGCAUAAUUAUGCUGCCAGUUAUCCUGUAGAAAAAAGAAACUCAAGGCAAACAUGCAGCUGUGUUUUGUUUCUUCCACUCCUGUUGCUAUCAUCUCUACUGUCACACAUCGAUUUUCCUAAAAGAAAGGUGGGAGAUACUUUUUAGAAAAAAUUUUUGAGUCUUAGUUUUGUAGCUGUAGAUGUACUUUCUCCUUACAAGUGUGACGGUCCAUGGCAUACCUUGAAUAUUUACGUGUUUUAUCUGGUACUGUUUUAUUCUCAGGAUUCCAGGUGGUUUCUUUUGUGUGUGUGUGUGUGUGUGUGUGACAG